AGCAGUUACCCCUGGUCACGCUCCUACCUGGAGAGAUGAAGCCAGGUAUGCCUGCCCCCCGCGCCCCUGCCCGCUGCUGGGAACAUCCCCUGGUGGCAGGGACGCAGCAGCCCCAGCAACCGAUGGAGCUGCGGCCUGGGGCUGUGUUGCACGGGGAGCCCCCGCAGCCCGCAGACAGCUGCCCGCCGCAGGGCCCCGACCGCCCCGGCCCCUCAACAGUCCUCCGAGGAGCUCCAGUGUGCCCCCGUCCCACCACGGCUCCGCUCACCUGCAGCACCGCAGCGCUGGAAUCAGGUGCAGCGACAACGAGCUCAGACAUCCAGGAGGACAUCACUGACUUCAAUGCCCUCCUGACUUGGAUGAACAACGAAGUGGCACCCAAAACAGAGGUCCCGGAUGACGUCCCGGAUGAUACGCCGGACAUGGAUGAGCUCCUGGCUUGGAUGAACAACGAAGCGACAUCCAACACAGAGAUCCCGGACAACAUCCCGGACAUGGAUGACCUGCUCACAUGGCUGAACACCGAAAGGGCGAGUCCUCAGGAGGUCCCCCAGCAGAACCAGGACCCUGUUGAAACUGAAACAAAGGGGACCGAAGGUACUGACAUUGCUGAACAGGAAAGUCUUCACGAUGAGCUGCUACCUGAACUAGACAGCCAGGAAAGGGCAGAGCUGCUGCGGUGGAUCGAUGCCACACAGCCACCGA